GAGACGCUGAAGUGAUAGAGCUCAGGGCAUCCCGUGUGUCUGUGCAUUGCCUCUCGCACUAACGUUCUGCCUCUGAGCUGGGAUCCCCGGCGGCCCCGUGCUACAAUGAAAGCCAAGAAAGGCUUAGUUCCACUAUCAGGCAGUGAGACAGAGGAUGACGAUGGUAUGGAUAUCCCACUGGAUCUUUCUUCCACUGCUGGCUCAGGGAAGAGGAGGAGACGUGGAAACUUGCCUAAGGAAUCGGUGCAGAUUCUGCGGGACUGGCUCUAUGAACACCGCUACAAUGCCUAUCCCUCUGAGCAAGAGAAAGCACUCCUGUCCCGUCAGACACAUCUCUCCACACUACAGGUUUGCAAUUGGUUCAUCAAUGCGCGCCGCAGACUGUUGCCUGAUAUGCUAAGAAAAGACGGGAAGGACCCUAAUCAGUUCACCAUUUCUCGGAAGGGGGCCAAGAUAAGCGACGUGAUCCAGAUGGAUUCUCCAACAGGCACAAAGCCGUACAUUCCCACUAUAGACGAGAACUCCUUUCAUUUCACUUCAGCAGGAGCCAAUCAGAGCUCAGGGAAGUUACUGGCCUCUAAACUCUCUCCUCCACAAUCUCUGCUCGCUCGGCCUUCUGUGAUCUGUCAUACCACUGUAACGUCACUAAGUGACGCGCCUUUCAAUUUCACCCAUGUGUUGAACGCUGGACAAAUCCCAGAAGCGCAGCAGACCGACGCAAACAACUUCACAGAAACCUCCAUUUUGUACCACGAAGACACUAGUAAAUCGGGACAAAACACAAAUGCACAGAGUGGACUUUUCAACACUCCACCCCCAACUCCCCCAGACCAUAACCAGGAUUUCAGUGGCUUUCAGUUAUUGGUGGAUGUUGCUCUCAAACAGGCGGCAGAGAUGGAGCUGCAGGCUAAACUUAUGGCCUAACUUUUUUUUUUUUCUCCUAGGAGUUAGAAAAAACUUUCAAAAAACAUUUCUUUUGGACUGCCCAGGUUGAUAACAAACUGUUCACAUUAUCUGAAUCUAUAUAUUUGUAUUUCUUUUUUUUCUUUAUUACAUUUUUUUUGUACAACUGUUCAAGCGGAAUAUUCUUAUCCAACAGAAGUCUUACCUUUUUUGAGCUUGGACUAAUUUGUCUUAAUCUUCAUAAGAACUGUGACUCAAGUUGACUGUUGAAAGAUUCUCAGUUGUCAUUUUUUUUUUUUAACGCAAAGUUGUCAUUGGCUUAUUCAUGCAGUGAUCUAGUCCAGGGGCGUCCAACCUACAUCCCUCUAGUUGCUACAAAUUGUAGCUAGGGGGGUGCAAGUGGUUCAUCCAUGAGCUAGAGGCAGUACUCAGGGGUGAGGGAGAUGCUAUAUCCACACACACACACUGCAUUUCAUUCAGAUAAUUAUAAAGUUAGAGCUACUGUAGAAACAACAUUCUUCUAAUGUUUCUUGGUAGAUAAAUGUGAGUUGUUUCCCAAGAUUGUGACUUUUUUUUUUUUUGGUACCUUUCACACUGUGCAAUAUUUAGAAAAAAAAACUAGAACUUUUUAUAUCAUUCCAGAGCAGGAAAUAUGCUCUCAAUACUGUCUACAACUAGAUUUUCUUUUUUUUUUAAUUGGUUUCUUUUUUUCCCCCCACAAUGUAAUAAAGUGUUUUGUUUAAGGUAAUAUACAAACUGUGUUUUUGUUACCUGGGAAUGGCAUUAGAAUACUUUGUAACUGGAUUCUGUUCCCACCUGGAAUAUUAACUGCUAUGUAAAGAUUUGUUUCCAUGACCUGUAUUAUUUUUGUAUACUUUUGUAAUAUAGAGAAAUAACAAUGGAAAAAAAAA